GCCAGCCCGGGCCAGCACAGUCUCCAGCUCUUGUAAUGAACCAGGGCCGGUCAGCGACUGUGUGCAGCCGGUGGGCAGUCCUGUCGCUUGAUUCUGUCCCCCCCCCCCCCUCCCCUUCUCUCUGAUGUUGUGCUUUGGCCGCUGCUUGCGCGCCGCCCCUGCUGCAUCCGUCCCCAAGCAGCGAGCGCUCCAGCAGCACAGCGCUCUCCCAGCCAGGAGCCCCCUCUCGCACACCAGGGCGGGACGCUGAGCCGAGCCGGGACACCGCUGACCACUGAGGGACGAUGCAGGCCCGGGCCCCGCUGCUGGUGGCCGUGCUGUGGCAGGUGACGAGCCGGGCGGCGGCGGCGGCGGCGGCGGAGGAGGAGGAGCUGCGCUCGGCCUUCUCGGCGGCGCGCACCCGCAGCAUGGUGGGCGGGCCGCGCAUGGCCGUCACCUUCGACCGCGUGUACGUGAACGUCGGGCACGACUUCGACGCGCGCCGCGGCCUCUUCACCUGCCGUGUGCCCGGCGCCUACUACUUCUCCUUCACGGUGGGCAAGCACCCGGGCAAGGGCCUGUCCGUCAUGCUGAUGCGGGACGGCAGCCAGGUGCAGGCCAUCGCUUACGACGAGCACCGGGGCCCGGAGCGCCGCGCCCGCAGCCAGAGCGCUAUGCUGCGGCUGGCCCGCGGCCACACCGUCUGGCUGCGGCUGCACGGCCACCCCCAGUACGCCCUGUACAGCGAGGCGGCCCCUUACACCACCUUCAGCGGCUGCCUGGUCUACCCCGAGCCCGAGCCCGAGUCCUACCCCGCGCCGCCGCCGCCGCCGCCGCGCUCCGCCUUCUCGGUGGCGCGCACCCAGAGCGUGGUGGGGAGCAGCGGGCAGCGCUACCGCCACGACCCGGUGGCCUUCGACACCGAGCUGGUCAACAUCGGCGGCGACUUCAACUCGUCCCGGGGCGUCUUCACCUGCCGCGCCGCCGGCGCCUACUACUUCGCCUUCAACCUGGGCAAGCUGCCCCGCAAGACCAUGUCGGUGAAGCUGAUGAAAAACGAGGACGAGGUGCAGGCCAUGAUCUACGACGACGGCGCGUCCGAGCAGCGGGAGGUGCAGAGCCAGAGUCUGAUGCUGUCCCUCCGGCCCGGCGACCGCGUCUGGCUCUACAGCCACCAGCACGACGGCUACGGCGCCUACAGCAACCACGGCAAAUACAUCACCUUCACCGGCUUCCUGGUCUACCCCGAGCCCGCCUGGGACUCGGGCCCCGCCGCCAACAGACUCUGACCGGCCCGGGACCCCUGGGGUGGGUCCCCCGCCCCCCCCCCGGGUCUUCCCCACCCCCUCGACCCUUCUCUCUCUGUGGAUGUCCCGUGUCCGCCACGAGUCCUCGCCGAGAUUCAUAUUUUGUUGAAGGAAGAGGGGUGUG